AUGAAGUGCUCAAAUCAAAGUCAUGCCGUGCCACAUAGUACCACUCAACCAAGUCCCGAUCAACAAUGGAUUGUGAACCAAGAGAAGAAAAUAAUUCAGUUGGUCCAAAACAUAAAUACGAAAAUAAAAAAUGCUGAAAGUGAAAAGGAUUUAAUUUUGAGAAUUAUAGCUCACUUACAAACUCAAGAGGGACUUGCUACUGACAGUAACAAAUAUUCCAGUCAUGAAUCAUAUCCAGUGAACGGAAUUAAGUCCUUAUGUGCUGAGAAUAUGGGGAAGCAAAACUUGUGUGAAAAAGUUGAGCACAAUGACAAAAACACGAAAAUAAAAAAUGCUGAAAGUGAAAAGGAUUUAAUUUUGAGAAUUAUAGCUCACUUACAAACUCAAGAGGGACUUGCUACUGACAGUAACAAAUAUUCCAGUCAUGAAUCAUAUCCAGUGAACGGAAUUAAGUCCUUAUGUGCUGAGAAUAUGGGGAAGCAAAACUUGUGUGAAAAAGUUGAGCACAAUGACAAAAACGCUCUGUGCAAAUUAGGCAAUCUUUCUGAGGGAAUUCAUUCAAAGUGUAUCAGAUGCAAUAAUGCUCCAAACAAUUCUAAACAAUCGCGACGUAAUUCAAAUUCAGUCAGUCCUCCGGAAAAUUGUGGUGCAGUGGAGCUUCAUAACAUUGAAAAAUUUAUUAACGUUGUGCUGAUUCGAAAGCUUCAAACUUUGGCUGAUCAUUGUCGCAAAUCUUUACAAACAUGUUUAUAUCUCCACCAAAAUGGUAGUAUGAAUCCUGCUCAUCAGCCUGAAACGCCAACUUGGACUAAUGUAUCUAAUUUCUUUCCAAGAGGUUGUCCAUGUAUAAAUUCCAGUUUAAAUGACGGAAUACUUAUGCGUAAUUCUAAUCGCGAUACAACUGCCACUACCCUUUAUAAAGUCAAAGAGCCAGUCAAAGAUGAACACUCUUGUAAAACUUUAUUGAAUAAUUCGAUUUCGAUGAAUCCAAUAUUUAAUUCUAAGUCUCAAAAUUAUCAAGCUGUUGAACGUGGAACAAAUGCUAAACCAUGUAAAAAGAUUUUGAAUGCUAAUAAAUUAACAUUUACAAGUAAUAAAUAUUGUAGUGGAAAAUGUUAUCACUGUAAAGAAAAUCAGUUGAGAACACCUGUGAUACGCGAAGUGAUUGACCAUACGGCACCAAUGAGAAAAAUAGAAUGGAGAUAACAAUAACAUUUGUAUAUGCUUAAUCUUUUAAGAUAUAAUAAAAAACCAAAUAUUUUUUGGAAGAAAUAUAUUUGCGACACUUGUGUUUUCCUUGACUUUGUAUUUUCUUUCUACCAUCAACCUAUUUAAUUAGUUAUUAAACAUUGACUUUGUCAGUUGUCGAAGCUACUUAUCAGUGUUUUCUUAUGUUACAAACAUGCAUGUAAGAAACACCCCCUCAAUUAUAUUGAUUAUUUUAAGAAAAGUUGUUUUCGUCCCACAAUAGGACGUAACGGCCGUCCAGUGCUUCCAGG